GUCAGCGAUGGAGACCCUACCGAUCUUGCAGGUUGGCACUGAACACAACACUACAGAUGGUCCGUUAACGGAAAAUGAUCUCGCUGGCAGCAUUGGAAGCCGUAAUGCCUUAGGGAUAGUUUUAUCGGCCAUCUUUUUGAUUAUCAUUAUUUGCCUGUCCAUUCUUGGCAAUGUAACUGUGAUCAUAGCUAUAAUGAAGACCCCUCGCUUGAGAGAGAAAACAUCCAGUAUAUUCCUGAUCAACUUAAGCGCGACAGAUCUGCUGAAUGCCACACUGGUGAUGCCCGGUGCGUUGGUAUCUCUGAUUGCAGAUAGGUGGCUCUUGGGGAUGUAUUGGUGCUACACCCAAUGCGCCCUCAAUUACUGGUUCAUCAUUGUGUCCAUGUUAACUCUUGCCAUGAUCAGCAUUGAUGGGUUUUAUGCUGUUAUACACCCGUUGCAUUAUAUGAACAUAAUCACGCCAAAAGUGACUAGACUUGGCAUCUGCUAUGCGUGGUUCCAAGGGUGUGUGUUCGCCUUGAUACCUGCUCUCUACCGCUGGGUCGUCUACGAUUAUUGGGAGGUGGUUUGUGCCAUCGAUUGGGACAGCUACCGCCCAAAUGGGGCGUUGACCUACGUCAUCGUUGCCUUUAUUUUGUGUUUUCUGGUUCCCAGUAUUGUGAUGACGUACUGCUACACCAGAAUAUGCCGCGUUGCGAGACAGAAGGCAGCGAGGAGAGAAGGUGGACGGCCAAACGCGAGGAAACACAUCAACGACAAGCGGGUCAUUCAGAGCUUAGUUCUGAUCGUGGUCAUCUUCUUCCUCUGCAUGACGCCUUUCUGCGUCACCAAACUCAUCAAAAUCUUCACCAGCACCAGCGCUCUGCCACCCUACCUCUACCUAGCCUCGGCCUGGUUCGGCUACCUCGCCAGCGCCACCAACCCAUUCGUCUACGCCAUUUUUCGGCGGGACUUUCGCCAAGCGUUCGCCAAUCUCUUCUGUCGCGGCCAGAUAUUCCCUGGCUUGGUGCCGGCAGCCCCUGACGCCUCCAACAGGCAGAUCGACGCGCAGCACAGGAGGCAAACCGUGAGCCCUGCAGCAGCCACAUCAGUAUGCUGACAGGAUGAUGUGUAUGUCGAAUAGAAUUUAAAAGCACCCCAGCUUGCUUCAUAAAAGCAACAUUGAAACAAGCAGUGGCCAAAGACUUAAGUACAGCAGACAUGCACUAACGCUUGGCUAGACAUAAUACUUCAAUGUUACUCCGACGGUCCUGAAUCUUUCACCUCCUGGAAGACUGAGGACUACUAGGAUUUAUGAAGUAUACACGAUAUAUACCCAUGCACUGUAUCGCUGCGAAAGCGAGAUAAUUAUUGUUGCCCAUCAAAGCCUAAUUGUUGUGUUGGUAUACAGUUAAACACACGUCACUAUCAAAAUAAAAGUCGUCUCGUCUGUGAUAGUAGUUUCGGACUGCACAAUGUUCUAAACCUGUUCGGGUCGUAAUAACAAUACUCUACGGUAUCAGAUGAGGAAACAAGUUGCAUUGCUCUUUUGGGCAUACACGAUUCGACUGAUUCUUCAUGUUCAUGGCUUCGCAUCAUUUGUCACAAACUAUGAAUAUCAGCGAUCCGUCACAAUUGGUGGAACACCUUCCAGCGGUAGCAAUAAAGAUUACCGGCGCCCGUAUACACAUACGCAUCUCAUUCAGUUUUGCAUGAAAUUUGGGCCAUGCAAUCAUGCUUUAUAGGAGUCGAGCAAUGAAAUUAACUUCAACGCCCUCGCACGGGAUGCAGUUUUUUUUAAUGUCGUGUGCUAUUUCUCUACUUACAUUAUAUCUGAUUUUAAGAAGUUUGUUUUUUUCAGCACUAAUUAUGUCAUUGUCAUUUCAUUAGGCAUAUCAUGAGAAUGUAAUUAGGAGAAUUUUUCUGUAUAAAACCGGCUCACUGGCAUGAUUUGUGAAUUGCAACUUCCUCUGAAGUGGUUAUCAGCUCAUGUAUGUAUGUUGUACUGUUUAUGGCAGGACUCCACCACAAGAAGAAACGAUACCUGAGUAUCCUGACAUUUUCGAACUUGGAACGCUGCAUCCAGAGG